GUUCAAUUUCGCAACAUUUUGGGCCAAAUGCGAUCAAGCCAUAACAAAGUGAGACGAGUUGAUCAUCACGCCCUUAUUCGCUGUACACACGUGAGGACUCACUGCUAGCCCUGCUCCUAGGUCUCGCGUAGACCGAAGAGCCGGGUGCGGCAACAUUGUCGAUUGGUUUUGCACGGCAGUGACCUCGCUGUCUCCGCUUCCCUUUGAUAUCCUAAUUCGUUGUGCCCCGCGGGUAGCGACAUUGUCCAAUCUGAUUCACCAUGGGACGAAGAGCCAAUCCACUCAUCGCGGAUUACUUCGAACGCGGAGCCAGACUCGAUGACAGCUCAAAUCGAUAUGCACACACCUGUAGACGAUGUCUUCAGGUAUUCCCAAAAGGACGCAUGGAGAACAUGCAAAAGCACUUGACCAAACUGUGUCCGGCCAUGUCGCUGAAAGAACGUCUCCAAAUCAUCCUCCGUCUUAAUGACCUUGCUCACUCCGAUGUCGAGCAAAACAUUUUCCCACAUGCACCUGAAAGAGAAGGCAACCAGGUACAAGCGGACAAUUCUUUGAAUUUUCCCCCAGCAAUUCACACAGGAUCGCAACAAACUGCUCUGGAAGUGCUGGCUGAGGCGUCUCGUCAUUUGAACAACCCUGUUCAGGAGCCAAGCUUCAAUCAAUUCCUUCCACACACUCAGGCUGCCUAUUCUGAAGUGCCUCAUGAUCUCCCUUCUCAGUCUCAUAUUGUUCCACAGAUCCAGCACGACAACUUUGGUUCUCAUUCAAAUGACUUCCAAAGCAGCAAUCACAUAAACGACACCAUGGAUCACUUGAUGAGCACCAAUAUGCAAGUCUCAGAUGAAACCUUCACGAACAUACCUGCAACAACCUCGGCAUAUGGAUAUGACGCAUUUGCUGGCUCGCAUGAGACAACGUUACCACCACUCCUGCCACAUACUGAGUACCCUGACGCAGCGCCCGAGUGGAACAGCUUACCAACGACAAGCACUGCUGUUGAGAGCAUCCUCCCAGCAAACAACAACAACAACAACAACGAUGAAGUCCCGACUGUUGAGUCACCCAGCGUGGCCCCUGUACCAGUGGUUAUCGAUUUAGACGACCAAACCAUGCCAGAUUCAACCGAUCAGCCCAUUCCAAUCGACCAUCCCAUGCCAGACUCAACUGAUCAAUCCAUUCCAGAUUCAAACGAUCAGACCGUUCCAUUUGUCCCACAGACAGGCGCAUCCGGGAAGGGCCCAAGACCCAAAGGCCGAGCAAAGUUGUCACCACAGACCAAACUACAAGCUGCAAUGGUGAGGAAGAUUGGAGCGUGUUCUCGCUGUAGGGCACUGAGAAAACCAUGUGUACCUGUUGACCCAGCAAACCCCCGAGGCAUCUGCAAGCUGUGCAUCAACAUCAAAAAUCCUCGCAUCUGGAAAAACACGUGUAUCCGCCCUAGACUAUGGGAGAUCUUGGAAGCAUAUUUUGCCAGACCACGCGUGUACUCUGUAAACAGAGAACAGAGUGGUGUGGCCUGGCUUCAGUAUCAUGGGUCUGUCAAUGUUGUCCAUUUUGAAGGCAAGACAGUCGCACUGAGAGCUCGCUACCGGAAGCCUCCAGAUAAUGCACUUGAUAAUUUUUCGGACUUUUCUAUUGUACAGGAGGAUGGUGCCAUUGCUAUUGACCUUGAAAACCAGGAUGAGCGGAUGGAAACAUACCUCAAAGCCAUCACUGAAGACGUCAUUGCACGAGAGAAGUCCCCCAUGAUCAAAGCUACCCUGCAAGUUGCCUACAGUCUUCACAUUGAACAGCUCGCCAAUCCGAGCACCGACAAGGAGGACAAAAUUCUUUCCGACGUUAUCGAACUUUGGACCGCCACAUCCUUGAUGAUAGACCCUGAGUUGAAAGCUGAAUUCACUAUCGUCUCCGGCAGUACGGGAGCUCAAAGAGCAAUUAGCGAAUGCCACAAUACCUCCGCUUACGCGGCCAUGGCUAAGCAAUUGCAGGCAGUCAUUGAAAAUCGGACCAGCUUUCUCUCCAAACCUACAAUGCGCCGCUUUGAAGAGUGCUGUGGUCAUCGAAACAAAGCCAAAUCAUUCAAGGUUUUCAUGACUGCUUUCAUCCUGCUCAGUUGUGCGGAGCGAAUGUGCUGGCUUUUCCGUCGAUGGGAAUCAGAUACGUCUGUCCCAUGGAGUCUCAUACGAACUGCGGGAUCGUAUGCGGAGCAAGGUACAUCCUUCCUUGAAAGCAUCAUAGUGUUAUUGAGUCCUCAAGCUCUGAAACCUGACUUGAAAAUAAGUGAACAAACCGGUUUUGUAGUGUUGGCGGCGGCAGGUGAUAAGGAUCGGCACCUCCUCACCUGGCUCGACAAUGCUAGGUUCACGGCCGGUUUUGGCAAACGAGCCGAUAAUGAGCAGCUCGAUUUCAACGAUUGCAGAUGUAUGGACGGGGAGCUUUCGAGUCACCUGCUGGAAGCUUAGGAGGGUGAAGAUUAAAGAAGAACGAGAAGUAUUUCCGAGCCUCAUGAAAGGAUACUUCCGCCAGAGGAGGACGUCGAUGGGCAGCGCGUGCUAGGGAGGAGGCUGAAGUGACUGCAAGAUUUGGCAAUUGCCAGCAACUGUAUGAUUACACGAAGAGACGAAAUCACUGAACUUCAUUCGUCAUUGAUGUUUCAAAUGAGAUACCCCCCCAAAGAGCUAGAUCAGGUCUAAUGUUCACAGAGAGCUUUGAGAUUUAAUUAAUGUAAUUCAUAAGA